CAGAGCGCUGAGGGGAGCGGGCGGCGAGGGCGGGCCCGGAGCGGAGCAACUUCGCAAAAAGCUCUCGCAGCACCUCAAAACAAAGCGCCCAACCAACCAACCGGCCCACCCGCCCUUGUGCCUGCCACUCGCCUGCUUCCAGGCGGGUUUUCUUGCUGCGAGGGCGAUAGAGCCCCACAAGCUUUGCUCCCUGCGUGCCCGCUCCGCCCCAGCCAUGGUGAUGUUCAGGAAGGUGAAGAGCUUCACGGUGGUCUUCAGCGAGCCCGACAAGAUCUACUGCAGCGGGGACAAGGUGGCCGGGCGCGUGGUCGUGGAGGUGGCCGAGGUGACCCGCGUCAGCGCCGUCAAGGUGUUGGCGUGUGGGGUGGCCAGGGUGACCUGGGCCAAGGGCCCGACCCAGUGCCGGCAGGAGAUGGAGUACCUGCGCUUCGAGGACGUGCUGGCGCUCGAGGAGCAGCCCACGGAUGGGGACGGCUCCGUCAUCCUGAGACCUGGGAACAAGUACGAGUACAAGUUCGGCUUUGAGCUGCCUCAGGGGCCGCUGGGCACCACAUUCAAGGGCAAGUACGGCUCCGUGGAUUACUGGGUGAAGGCGUCCCUGGAGCGCCCGGCCUUCCCCCAGCAGGUGAAGAAACGCUUCGAGGUGAUGGAUCCCGUGGAUGUGAACACCCCGGAAUUGCUGUCCCCGGUGGCAGCCAAGAAGGAGAAGAAGGUGUCGUGCAUGUUCAUCCCCGACGGACGCGUGUCCGUCAGCGCCCAGAUCGACAGGAAGGGCUUCUGUGAAGGCGACGAGAUCUGCAUCAACGCCGACUUCGAGAACACCUGCUCGCGCAUCGUGGUGCCCAAGGCGGCCAUCGUGGCCAAGCACACCUACCUGGCCAACGGCCAGACCAAGGUCUUCUGCCAGAAACUCUCCUGUGUCCGUGGCAACCACAUCAUCUCGGGCACCUCCGAGUCCUGGCGCGGCAAAACCAUCCGCGUGCGGAAGCUCAAACCCUCCAUCCUGGGCUGCAACAUCCUGCGCGUGGAGUAUUUCCUGCAGAUCUACGUCAGCGUCCCGGGCUCCAAGAAAAUCAUCCUGGAGCUGCCGCUGGUCAUCGGGAGCCGCUCGGGCAUCGGGAGCCGCAGCUCCAGCAUGGCCAGUCAGACCAGUUCCGAGAUGAGCUGGGUCGACCUGAACCUCCCGGAUGCUCCAGAGGCACCCCCCUGCUAUCUGGACAUCGUUCCCGAGGAUCACCGGCUGGAGAGCCCCACCACGCCCCUGCUGGAUGAUCCUGACGGAUUCGACAGCCCCAUCUUCAUGUACGCGCCGGAGUUCAAGUUCAUGCCCCCCCCCACCUACACGGAGGUGAGCGCGGCGCCGGCGCCGGCACGGGAUGGGCCGGGCGGAUCCGGGAGCGCCGGCACAGCCCCCUCACCCGCUCCCUGCUCCGUCGCCCAGGUGGAUCCCUGCGUGGCCAACAACAACAACAACAACAACGUCCAGUGAGCGCCGCGGCCGGCGGGGUCGCUCCCGCUGAUCCCGGACUUGGCUCCGUGUGCCGCCCACCCGCGGCUCCCGAGGAACUGCCACAUUCCCGAGGAACGGCCGCCUUCCCCAGGAAAGGAAGCGCCGCUCCGGAGCGCCGGAACCUGCCAGGAAUGAAAACCCCGGGGCGCCGCGAGCCGGCGGAGAACCUUGGUGGACUGGGAGAGGAAAGAGAGAGAGGAGGCGGAUCCGGCUGGAAAAGGGCUGGGAAAGCUCGGCCGUCGCGACGCGCUGCCCGUCCUCGUCCCCGCGCCGUGGGGGGCGGGAAACCCCCGGGUUUGAACUGAUUCCAUCCGAAUUCCCCGACUCCGGGCGCUGCUCCGGGAGGGGGACACUGUGACCCCACAGCUCCGUCCUGUCGCGACACGCACCCCUUGUCGCGACCGACGCCUUUUCUACUCUUCGGUUUUGUAAAUAGUUUUUUUGGGGGGGGGGGGAAGAGGAGGAGGGGGAAAAGCACAAAAAAAUGCAGAUUUUGUACCUUUUAUGGCCCCUGGGGGGCAAAAUUUGUAAUAAAACCGAGUGAAACUGA